AUGUUGUAUCCAUGUUGCACUUUGUGUGCCGUUCGGUAUUUCGACCAAGUGGGUGCUUUGAGAACUGGUGGUACCGAACGGUGCCUUCAUCCUCUGUGGGUGGUUACCGAAGACGGGGUCUAUCGGUGUUGCCGUUUGGUGAUGUGCCUUCAAAUAAGAGUGAGAGGUAGGCCUAUUGAAGCAAACUGUGAAGUUACUGUUCGGAAGCUGGUCACACGUCAUGAAGAUGGUGAUCUCCCAAGGCUCUUGGGUGCCUUGAGCAAUAUCUUGGAUGGGUAUGCCACUUGGGAGCUUCUGGAGCUGCUCUUAGAGUUGCUGAUCUGGAGCUUCCAGAAAAGACAAAAUAUAGCUGCCGCCGGAGGAGCUGCCGAACACAAUUCUGAGCAAUUCAGCCUUGGGGCGAGGCAUGUGGGGUUUUCUUUAGCUACCGAACGGUUGGGUGUCUUGAGCAAUUUGUCGGCAUGGUGUACACAGCUAAAGGCUUUGAUAGCCAUGGGAGACUUUAUUGCUCCGGUGGCACCUACACCACAAACUCAUGGAAAUGGACCAUGUGGGUUGCCCUUUGGAUUGCCAUGUGGGCUUCGGUAUGGGUACUCCAUGCAAGCCAUGCAAAAAGAAGAAGAUAUUUUUGGUGAAUUGGAGUAUUGGGCAACUACCAAAUUGGAACUUUUUCAAAGUGAAGGAAUCUGGACAGCUGCCAUUCAUAUUGCUGAAUGGGACUUCGCAGAAUCUUAUCUCAUGGUGGAAUGCACUUGGGUGCCGAAGGAUUGGAACAGAUUUCUGCUCCAUUUUCCAUGCAACGUGACAGCCGUGAAAGCCAUUCAAAGCGGGGUACCGAACGAUGGUGCUGUCACGUUGACUUGGGCCUUUAUGUGCUUUGAAGGAAUUACUGACAUGGGCAGCCGUCAGAAGCUUCCAAACGACAGAUAA